AUGGCUGGCAAGAAUCGCAGAAGACGCAAGAAGAAGCUUACUUCACCCACACCUACACCGAACGCCGAGCCCACCUCCCCACCGCUCACGACUACUACUACCACCGCCAAUCAUGGAACACCUCAAGCACACAUCGAUGACGUUCUUAAAGCGGAGAAUAUAACAGAGAGCGUAGGCCUGAUGCUGAAACUGCAGCAACAGAAGAUUAAGUCCUUGGUUCGCAUGAACAACUCCAGCCAAAGCCUCCGUAGCGAGAUGGUGCAGCUCAUGAAAGAGAACGCAGAGUGGAAACAGGAGAACGAACACUGGAAGCAAGAGAUUGAGAACUGGAAGAAAGAGAGCAUGGUCAUCAAAACGACGAUGGUAUGGGCUCAAGCUGGAGGCUGCACGCACCUUGACGGCCGAAUUCUCGAGGACCUGGAAGAUCUGCGCUGGCAUAUAGUCCAGGGCAAAGAGGACGAAUUACUGCAGGUAAUGGAGCAGAUAGAUCAUAACUUUCAUGAUCCAGAGCAACGGCAGACCAUGCGGAACAAGUACUGCGAGGAUAACAAGGUGGUAUUGAAGGCUCUUGAGCGCAUGAGGAUCAUCGCAGAGGCUACCACCAAGAAGUAG